GAUCCAGAAUUCCAGAGGCCUCUUCGCUUCACCCAAAAACCCAAACCCCACCAUGGCCGCCGCCGCUGCCUCGCCGUCUCCGGCGACGCCGCCGCGGAUCCUCCUCGCCGGCGACGCGAACGGCCGCCUCCACCAGCUCUUCAAGCGCGUCACCUCGGUGAACCAGUCGACGGGGCCGUUCCACGCGCUGCUCUGCGUCGGGCAGUUCUUCUCCCCCGAUGCCGGCGACGGGGAUGGCGGCGGCGGCGGGGAGGUCGCGGACUACCUGGAGGGACGCGCCGCCGUGCCCAUCCCGACCUACUUCACCGGGGACUACGGCCCCGCGGCGCCUCGCCUUCUCGCGAAGGCCGCGUCCAGCGCCCGAGGCUUCUCCCCCGGAGGCAUCCAGAUAUGCCCCAACCUCUUCUGGCUCAGAGGCAGCGCCCGCUUCACCCUCCAUGGUUUAUCUGUCGUUUACUUGUCGGGAAGGAAAGGGCCAGGAGGGCCUGGCUGCUACAGCCAGGAUGAUGUUGAUGCACUACGGGCUCUUGCCGAAGAGCCGGGGAUUGUUGAUUUGUUUUUGACUAACGAAUGGCCUGCUGGAGUGGUGAAUGGAGUUGAUACUUCUAAUGCACCUUCUCAGAUAUCGGAUCCUCAUGGAUAUGAUCCUGUAGUUGCUGAAUUGGUUGCUGAGAUUAAGCCACGAUAUCAUAUUGCAGGUUCUAAAGGUGUAUUCUAUGCAAGGGAACCAUAUGUGAGUGAUUCCGCUGCACAUGUUACCCGUUUUAUUGGACUUGCUAAUGUUGGAAACAAAGAGAAGCAGAAAUUUAUUCAUGCAAUUUCUCCUACUCCAGCAUCUACCAUGUCCAGUGUUGAUAUUCACGCAAGGCCUCCAAAUACUACUUUAUCCCCAUAUAUUUCUCCAGCAAAGUCAGUUCCUGUUGAAGAAACUCCAAAGCGUCCUGCUGAGGAUGCUGAUUUGCAAUACUGGCGUUACGAUGUCAAGAAGCAAAGACAUGGUGAAGCCGGUGGGAAUCGUCUAUGUUUCAAAUUUACAUCAUCAGGAUCCUGUCCUCGAGGGAGUAAAUGCAAUUAUAGGCAUGAUGAGGAGGCCAGGGAGCAUUACAAUAGGAAUGUCUGUUUUGAUUUCUUAAACAAAGGAAAAUGUGAGAAGGGUCCUGAGUGUAGGUUUGCUCAUAGCCUUUCUGAUGAGGGUGCUGUUAGGGAUACAAAACCACGUAGCGAACGAAGACGUGUUGAGAGCAGUUGCUGGUUCUGCUUGUCAAGUCCAGAUGUUGAAUCACAUCUUGUUAUCAGCAUUGGAGAAGGUUACUACUGUGCACUUGCAAAAGGGCCACUUGUUCCAAACCAUGUUCUAGUUAUACCAGUUGAGCACUGCUCUAGUACACUAAAGAUGCCCGUGGAAGCUGAGGCAGAGCUUGGGAGAUAUAAGGAUGCUCUGGCCAAGUAUUUUGAGAAACAAGGAAAGAUAGCUAUAUACUUCGAGUGGGUUUCUCAGCAGUCCCGCCAUGCAAACCUUCAGGCUGUUCCAGUACCAUUGUCUAAAGCAUCAAGUGUUAAAAAGAUAUUCCAUUUAGCAGCACAGAGACUGGGAUUUGAAUUUUCUGUAGUGAAUCCAGAUGGUGAUGCUAACCGCGCCAGGGAAUUGUUAAGAUCAGAGUGUGACAGCAAAUCAAGCUUGUUUUAUGUUGAGCUACCAGAAGGUUCAGUGCUUUUACAUUUGGUUGACAGUAAUGAGAAGUUCCCUGCUCAGUUUGGCCGUGAGGUGUUGGCUGGGUUGCUAAGCAUGGCAGAUCGUGCAGAUUGGAGGAACUGUAAGGUUUCUAAAGAAGAAGAAAUCCAGAUGGUGGAUGAUUUUAAACAAGGGUUUCGUGAGUUUGAUCCAGCUGAAUGACAAUGUGCUUAAGUUGCUAAUUUGUCACCGGACAAGAACGUGCUGCUAAACUUGCAUUGUAUUUUUGUAGUUGAAAGUACUUAGGUAGGCCAUAUUUGAGAAAUGGACCGACUUUGAGGUCCAUUAUUGUAAUUUCUAUUGAUUGAUUCGGGAACAAUUUUUUUUUCAGUUAAGAGUUAAAAUUUGGCCGUAGUGCCACGUUUGUUCUUCGAGACUUCUCGUAUACAAUGUGAUGAUCUGAGGCGAUGGGCAGUGGUCGAAAUUCUUAUAUAUCUUUUUUCUUUA